UCCCCGGUCCUCCCCGCCCGCCGCCCGCCCGCCCGCCGGCCGGCCCGCCCGCGCAGCGAACAUGGCGGAGCCUUCUGUUGAGUCUUCAAGCCCAGGAGGUUCAGCAACAUCUGAUGACCAUGAAUUUGAUCCAUCAGCUGAUAUGCUGGUGCAUGACUUUGAUGAUGAACGGACAUUAGAAGAGGAGGAAAUGAUGGAAGGAGAAACAAACUUCAGUUCUGAAAUAGAGGAUCUUAACAGGGAAAGUGAUAUGCCAAUCCAGGAGCUACUUAGCCGUUAUGGCUAUGAUGGUACCAUUCCACUCCAAGAAGAUGAUGACGAUGAAGAUGAUGAAGAGGAAGAGGAGGAGGGAGAAGAUGAUGAUGAUGUUGAUAAUGAUGACAACAGUGGCUGUAGUGGUGAAAACAAAGAGGAGACCAUAAAAGAUUCAUCAGGUCAGGAAGAUGAGACACAGUCAUCUAAUGAUGACCCAGCACCAUCUGUUGCUUCUCAAGAUCCACAAGAGAUAAUUCGCCCUCGUCGAUGUAAAUAUUUUGAUACAAAUAGUGAAAUAGAAGAGGAAUCUGAAGAAGAUGAAGAUUAUAUUCCCUCAGAAGACUGGAAAAAGGAAAUCAUGGUGGGGUCUAUGUUUCAAGCUGAAAUUCCAGCUGGCACAUGCAAAUACAAAGAGAAUGAAAAAGUGUAUGAAAAUGAUGACCAGCUGCUGUGGAAUCCUGACUUCUUACCAGAAGAUAAAGUGAUCGAGUUCCUAAAUGAAGCAUCAAGGCGUACGGGUGAUGAGAAAGGCCUAGAUGCAAUUCCUGAAGGAUCCCAUAUUAAAGACAAUGAGCAGGCAUUGUAUGAACUGGUUAAGUGCAAUUUUGAUACUGAAGAAUCAUUACGAAGGCUGAGAUUUAACGUAAAAGCAGCCAGAGAAGAAUUAUCUGUUUGGACAGAAGAAGAAUGUAGGAACUUUGAACAAGGGCUGAAAGUCUAUGGCAAGGAUUUUCAUGUGAUUCAGGCAAAUAAGGUACGAACAAGAUCAGUUGGUGAGUGUGUAGCAUUUUAUUACAUGUGGAAGAAAUCAGAGCGUUAUGAUUUCUUUGCGCAGCAGACCCGAUUUGGAAAGAAGAAAUACAAUCUUCAUCCUGGUGUAACAGAUUAUAUGGACCGUCUCCUGGAUGAAAGUGAAAGUGCUGCUUCCAGUAGAGCUCCGUCCCCUCCUCCCACAACUUCCAACAGCAGCACCAGCCAGUCCGAAAGGGAAGACAGCACAACCAGCAACAGUAAUCAGAACGGGGUGUCUGCUAAUGGGCCAGGUGAGAUACCAAAUAAAGAUGAAGCAAAAAUUGAAGGAUUGCAUGUAAAUGGACCUACCAGUGGCAAGAAAACACCUCACACGGAUCUGGAUACAAAUGGGUAUGAAACUGAAAACCUUUCCAUUGACCCAAAACUUGCUCAUUCAGCUUCAAGAAACGAAAAUGAUCUUGAAGAAAAAAAUGAAAGACCUCUAAAAAGAAGAAGAAUUAACAGCAAUGGAAAAGAGAGUCCAGGUUCUUCAGAGUUCUUCCAAGAAGCAAACUCACAUGGGAAGCUUGAAGAACUAGAAACUUUGGAUGACUGAAUACUAGGAGCUGAUUUUAUUCCUUGGAGUAAAUUUUGGGUGUCUGAAAUUUUCAGGGUUGAUGGGUUACCUUACAAAAUCCAGUUCCGCAAAACAAUCUGCUGAGAUUUUUUCCUAGUACUUUCUAGUUGGCUCUUAAGAUCUGAUUAUUUGUUUUUUUCAGUGCUGAAAAGCAGUAGGAGAAUAUUCCGUUUCUCAGAGCUGGCAACUGUAGUUCUGGGAACUCUAAGGCUCUUAAAAAUAUUUGAGAAACAAAUCAGUGAGUUUCUGCAAAAAUACUCCCAGCCUAACACAUUAAUGAAACUUCUGCGUGUAACACACUAUUUAAGCAUUGUACCAGUGAACAAAGCAUCCUGUUUGACGCAGGGGGCUGGUUCAAAUGUUGCAGGAAGUUAAAAUGAAAUACAGAAUGCCAAGACACGCGUCAGAGUAGGCACAGAGACUUCCACUCAUGCUAGCGAGAGGAAAGUGUCAUCCCAUCGUUAAGGAACCCUUAUGAAUCCUGAAAGUUAUGAGCACAACUAUUUUUAUAUAUAGAAGUUUUAAAAGGUAAAUAAAUAAACCAGGUCAGGUUUGUAUAUGUAAAAUUGUUGACAUCAAUGAUGUCUUUCCAUAUUCUUUAUCUGGGCUAAAGAAAUACAUUCUGUAUUUUUCCAGAUUUCUUUGUAGCCUUUGAAAGAUUUUUACAGUACUUAUGUCUUGAUUGAACUGUCCUUUCUUAAAACAAAAGCUUGUAUAAUUUUCUUAACUUGUACAGUUGGUAAACUUUUAUGAGAGAAUUGAUAUCCUGAGUCUAAUGUCAGCUUCAUUUUAUUUUGCUGAAGUCUUUUCUAAAAAAAAAAACCAACAAAAAAACCCCAAACCAAACCAAUUGACUUAAAAAAUGCUUAUUAGUCACCAACAUGUUAUUUUCUUCUCAGAAAACAGUAAAUAAUUAACAUCAAGAAUAGUUAGAAGUCAUUUGAUUUUGAAAACAUGAUUUUUCUUACUUCUGUUUUAUGGCAAAUAGUGAUGCUAAAAAUUUGUUAAGCAUGAUGCUUGCGUUGCACAGAUUUUCUUGCUUUCAUUAUACACUUUCUCAUUUUCUUUUGAGCUCAGAUAAAUUUCACGUCAGCCAAAUGCUUAAGUUUACUAAACCUUGUUUGCCAAGAUCAGGUGUUAGAUUAUCCCUUGAUUUAUUUUCAGCCUAUCCGUCGUCAUCUACAUUUUGCUGAGCACAGGAAGGGUAGGAAAUGGGUCAAGUGAUCCUGGCUGUACAGGUUAGAAAUGGACGUGCAGCUGGUAACCUGGUGCCUGAUCUGGGAUUUCUGAAACCUAGUGGACCUUCUACGGAUGGGUAUUUCAGGGGGAGCAGGAACAUCACAUACACAUACUUGGUACAGCAUAUACACAUAUAUACAUUCAGUAUAUAGAGAUUCACCUGUAAGAAGUGAGAGUAGGUAUAGAUAACUAUUUUAAGAUUAAAGUGCAAGGAACAAGAAUUCCUUAUAAAUGCCUGUGGAGGGGGUGAUGCUCACCGUCCCACUAGCAUAAUUGGAAAGUUGUUGAAGUAGGGUUUACAUCCAUGAAAUAGAAAGAUUUUUAAUACAGGUGGUUUGGGUUUUUUUUAAUUAUUAUUUUUUUUUUAAGCCACAGCUACGCAUCUACUAUAUAAAAAACAGGGAAAAUUGUUCAUUUGUAUAAUUUAUAAUGUUGUGUCCUCCUCCUGUGGCUUACAGGUGUGCUGUUAAUUUUUAAUUGGUUAUUUUUACUUAAUGAGUCUUUACGAUUCCAGUUUUAAAUGUACGGUCCUAUGGUUUGAAACUAAUGUAUCAACCUCAAAAAACCAACGGCUAAGGGUUUUGUUUGGUUUGGUUUCUUCUUCAACUACGUGUACUUGGACUUUAUGGUCAUUAAUGAGCCAAAUCCUCUGGAUCCGGCCUGGCUCCAUCGCCAUGAGGAGUUACUGGAGCGUAUUAAACCUGCUGUUCCCAGAAAUGUUGUGAAUGAUCCGUUCUAACUGGUUCAGCUGACGUGCAGAAGCCGACAUCUGCCUAGAAUUAGACAGCAAUUUAUGUGGAGAGGCACAUCAGUCAGGUUUGUUAACGUACGGCCUGCACUAAUCAAUUAAUUAAGUGAUUGCUUUAGUAAGAGGUUGCUGUUAAUUUUACGAUCUGGUUUAUUAACGGAAACCCAAAGUAUCACAGCCUUAUAUCAAAGACGGUCUUGGGACGGUUUCAGACUGAGGGUAGUGCAGUGCUUCUAAGAGUCUUUGCAACUAGAGUCCUAUUUUCAAUUUUAUUUUUAUGCAUUUUUGUUUGCAAGUUGGAAAUACUUCCAAAAAUUUAUAGGAAAGUUUAUAAGUAAAUUGUCUCAGGCUUGUGUGUGAAAUACAGCACUGUGUAUAUUUUCAGGAAUGUUGCUUUGUUUUUUAUCUUACCUUUUUUUGGUGAUACGUAGAAGAGACCUGACAUUCCAUAAUCAACAAAUAUGUAAUGCUCAGCUAGACUUUAAGAAUAUUUAAUUAUAAUUUACAUUUUGUUUAUGCUGGUGUUUUAUACAAUACUUUGUUCAUGUUCCUCGAAAUGCAGCCACUAUAACUUGAUAAGUCAUUGCACUACUAAAGCUAUUUAAAAUUCUAGAAAUAUAGUAACUUUGACUUCAUUUAAAAAGCCUUCAGUACAGUUUGGAGCCCAGAAGGGUUUGAAUGUGUUUCCAGACUGCGCUGAAAAGAUCACAACUUGCGUGUGACACUUGGGUAUGUUUUCCAAGCACUAUCGUGAUGGGUUCAGCUGGAGCGGGUGUCCUGGAUUCGUGAAGUGCUUUAAGACUGCAGCCUGAACGGAGAAUCCAGUUCAACAGAAUCACAGAAUCAAUCUUUGUUGGGCUUUGUAAAGGAUUAAAUGUGAUAUUAAAAAAAACAACCACACAUACACAAAAUUUACAAAUCACUUUUAUACAUUUUUUUCCACACACAGUAAUUUUGCACUGUUAGUAAUUCCCUUCUCUUAUCCCUGCUCCCUGUCUGCAAUUCUGAAAAAGCUUAUUAAAAUAUUUUUUUUAAACAUA